CUUAGGAGGUCGCUUCUUCGGCCUCACGCAACACCCAAUUUUUCACUUUCUCUCGAUCCACUUCCUUCUUUUUAUGGUGUGAUAAGGGUUUUUCAGUUUCACAAAAUUCCCUCUAUAUCCCCUUAAACCCUUUACUCAGAAACUCUCCGUUCAUUUCUUUUAGGGUUUUCUUCGUUUAAAAGGAAAAAGAAUUCUGCUAUUAGUUCCAUGUUCUGUUUCCUUUUCAAUUUGAAGAAUCUUUUCUGUGUUCUUGAAUUGCAAUUCAGCCUCUGAGGGAUUUUUGUUUGUUUUGAGUUACUAUUCUUUCGUUUUAUUUCAGCUGUUACAGUUGCAAGAUUUUCAAGAUUUAGAGUAUUCUAGGGUUUGGCGGAAUCUUGUUCGGUUCUUUUAUUCUGUUUUUUUAGCUGAGAAAACGUAGGAGAGGGGGAUUCAAAGCGGUUGUUUUAAUGGGCGUGUAAUGGUUUAAGUUGGGGUUUUUGCGAGGACGAGUGCAUUGUCAUUGGGAUUAAUGAUGAGAGAGUUGAGAUAAAACCCUAAUUUUGAUUAUGAGGUUUUGAAUAUGAGCCAUGUAGGUGGAGAGAGCCACAAAAACAGUAAACCAAGUGCUACGUUAUCAUCAAGAGCUGGAGCUGAAGAUUAUGGUCGAGCAAUUGCAAGAAUCGCGGCGGCACAAAUAUGUGGAAGCGUUGGAUUUGAAGGCUGCAAAGAUUCGGCUUUGGAUGCCCUUGCAGACUUUGCUAUCAGAUUCAUUCGUGACUUAGGUAAAAACUCUAGUGUUCAUGCUAACUUAGCCGGUAGAACUCAAUGCAAUUUAUUCGAUACAAUUUGUGGAUUAGAAGAAUUAGGAGCUGUAAAUGGGUUUUUUGGCGCGUCAGAGAUUGGUCAAUGUCUUGUAGGGUCAGGCAUUGUAAGGGAAAUAAUUCAGUUUGUGGAGUCUAAUGAGGAAGUCCCUUUUGCGCAUCCAAUCCCACAGUUUCCUGUUGUUAGGAGUAGGAGAUUGAUACCGAGUUUUGAACAAGUGGGCGAAACACCGCCAGGUAAACAUAUUCCAUCUUGGUUGCCGGCUUUUCCUGAUCCUCAUACCUACAUUCAUACACCUAUGUGGAAUGAGAGGAAAUCUGAUCCUCGUGCUGAUAAGAUUGAGCAAGCAAGGCAGAGGACGAAGGCAGAGAUGGCUUUGUUGAGUUUGCAACAGAGGUUGGUGUCGAGUGUUGAAUCAGGACCUUCAACCUCUGGGAAGCCAAAUUCUGAGGUGGAUGAUUCAGAAGAAGCUGGAAGUAAUCCAUAUCUUGCUAAGCCCUUGCAAUCCAAAGAGAAAGAUGUUUCCCCAGUGGUUUUGCCUGCUAAGCUAAAAAGUGAACUGUCCAGGGGGAAUACUUUUUCUGUGAUGGAUGCAUUUGGUCCUGCCAUUGAAGCAGUGAAAGGUAGUGUGCUUUCUGAUGAUGGAGAUGGUGAUAGGAAGAGUCUUCCUGACAAGCGGCCUGCUGUUCAUUUUAAAUUUAGAAGUGGAAAGAAAUUUCUGGGUGAAUUUCUGGAUACAAGUCUUCAGAAGAAGGGUGGCGGAAGAAGUGCACCAUUUGGGCGGGAUGAUGAGAAGGAUGACAAGAAGAGAAGAGCUGAGUAUAUUCUUAGACAAUCUAUAGAAAACCCCCAAGAACUCACUCAGCUGUAACAUAGUUUGUGACUGGUAUGUUUGGUAGAAAUCUUCUUAGUUUAGAAAUUGGUGCCAGAAGUGAUGGGCUAUGGUUGCUCUUAAGCUAGAGGCAUACUAUUGCUCUGGCAUUGAUAUUAAGGGAACUCUAUUUGGAUUCCCUUGGCAUCCCACUCUAACAGUUGUCAUAGGUAUCUGAGUGUUUGUUAUUACGCUUCUCCGGCUGCAGUGUAGACCGAUUCUUUGAAAAUCAAAGGUUUUGCUCUUUUCACCACCUGAUGUUGUAAUUUUUCGGUGACCUUUGAUAGUAGUAUGGAUAUAAUUCAACUCUGUGCUUUCUGAUACUCACAA